AAGACGUGUCGAAUUCUAACGAGUUCCACUAAUAGUUCUACCAGAUAAUUGUGAUUUUAACAUUGAAUUUGGAGUUAUUAAGAGUGUUAACAGCUUAAGAAGGCGGUAAAGUAGUUGUACAUGCUGAAAUUUGUUGGGGAAAGUGACCAGGAGAGGCUUGAAACGAGCCGAGUGUUAUGCCUCAAGUGUCGUAAAUCAGCGAUCUAAGCCAAUGCAAGCCAGUAGCCGUCAUUGCACGCGUCAUACACUAUGACUGGAUCGAUACAACAUCGAAACGACCUCAGAAUAUGAUAAAGCUGAGAAUAAUGCGGUGAUGGCGGAUGGCGCGGGCGCGGAAGCGAGCGCGGGCGAGAGUGCAGCGCGCGGUGCAGCGCUCGAGCGUGCCUACGUGCACGACGUGUACGACCAGGCGGGCGAAGAUGAGCCCAGCGAACGCGCGCCCGCCGUCACUACAUUCCUCAAGGAACUGGAACCGGGUGCCCUCGUUUGCGAUGUCGGUUGUGGAAAUGGAAAAUACCUGAGUGUGAACCCCUCUGUCUUCGCAGUGGGUGGAGACAGAUGUACCAGACUAUCGACGCAAGCGCACCAACCUAACAAUGAGGUUGUUGUAUGCGACAACCUCAGUCUACCGUUCCGUGAUGAGUCAUUCGAUGCGGUGCUCUCUAUUGCCGUGGUCCACCAUUUUGCAACAGUGGAAAGGAGAGCCAUGGCACUACGAGAGCUUGCCAGAAUCACCAGGAUCGGUGGUCGACUGCUUCUAACUGUGUGGGCUAUGGAGCAUGAGGGAAGGAACUUCCAUUCACAGGAUGUUCUGAUACCUUGGCAUAGACCUGUUACGUUAUGUCCUCCACCACCAGCACCACGGUUCCUUUCCGUAGAACAUGAUCAAAGUACAGAGCCGUGGAAAAGUCACGAUGGCUCGCCUGGAUCAUCAUCUUUGUCAUCUCCAAAUGAAACUUGUUAUUCAUUUGUAAGAAGAGCGUUACAAAGGAUAGCAGGUCGACGAUCCUUUCUUCCAUCUUGGAAUCUUGGAUCGAGGGUAAACCUAAGAGCUUGUCCUCGUGGUCAACUGGAACCACCGGCAGCUGAUCUACCUAUUGAAUUACGAAGAUUAGAUGAAGUUCUACCUCCAAGAUUGAUAGCACAACGUUCAGAGACAUCUACACUAAAGUCUAGAAGUCUCACCGAUAUCGCAGAUGUAGAACGACAUGCCAUGGUUAGAUCAAGGUCGAGUCUCCCAAGUCUCGGUGGAGAAGGGCACGAACUACCAACAAUACAACUACCUCCGACUGACGUACCAGAACAACGAAAAAAGCCGAAGUUAGUCAAACAAAAAAAAUCAAUUAAUGAAGAUGACGCAGAAGAAGAUUUAGAUAAACCAACGGACAUGAAAAGCCUUGUCGAAGAGAUGCCUAAUUUCAAAGUUCAUACGUAUAAAGCGCAAUCGAGAAAACCAGGCGUUUUCAAGCAAACAUCCCUAAACGAAGAACUUAUGUCAGUGGAAAGGUUACGGGAGAAAGAACGCUUAAGAAAAAAUAUACAGAAGCAAGCUUCACUGAAUGAAGAAUAUUUAUUUCGAAGGCCUGGAACAUUUAACUCUAUUCGUGAUUCAAUAUUUUCGACAUCAGCCACUACUGCAAAGAAGUUUCAAUCACUUAAAAAUGGUCUUACAAGUAAAUUUAAAACUUCUACAACGAAUAUAGAUAAAGUAACUGUUUUUGUCAGAAUGUUGCAAGGUUGGAAAAAUCAUGGCCCUGCUCCUGAGGUCCCUACAACACCAAGCGAUACCAAUUCAAAUAGUGAGAAAACUUGCCCUGAAAGGAGACAUUCCAGAGAAGAUGGUUCAGAUUCAUCAAAAGACAGCAGCUUACAAAGUGAUACAAGUGUCGAUUCCGAAGACAGUUUUGCUUCAGUUAUUUAUGUACCAAAGGCUGAUGGUAGCAGCGAUCCUUUAUCACCAACCCCUUUAUCUCCAGGUCCAACAUCACCAAGAUUAAAAGUAUCUUCAGUACCUACUUCGCCUAGGAUGAAGAAUUCCCCUGGCUUACCUUCACCGAGAAUUAAACAGUCAUUUCCUUUAAUAAGACCACCAUCUUCACCUAAUGCUGUACAAGCAGCUGCUAAUUUUAAUAAAAUACUGGUGGCUCAAUACAGCCUAAAAAAUUAUUCUACCACCAAUAAUGCCCCUGUUAUUUGUAUAAAGCCCCAAUCAAAGAGCCAACCCAAUUCUCCACCAAAACCUGAGGACGAAACCAAAAUUAUAAGUACUGCAAUUGAAACUUUGCCCUUACUUAAUAAAACUAUACCAAUUUCAGUCCCAGAAAUAUAUGAAGAAAUUGAUCCAAUACCUCCUAUCAAAGAAGAAGAAGAAUGUAUUGAAACUCCUUCUGAAGUGACCAAGGAACUUAUAGCAGAAAUAAAUAAAGACAUUGAAGAGAUCCAAAAGCUGACAUUAGAAACAAAUGAUCUCAAGCCUCGCAUACUUCAAGAUACAAAGCCAUAUCCCAAAAUAACUCUUCAAACUGUUGCUGAAUUACCAGAGAUACCGCAGUACAAACCUAAAGAUAAAUCACCUAUAUCUGAUGUAUUAGACUCAAGACACGCAGAUAAAAAGCGAAAAGAGAGAAUAAGGCAAAUAAAAGAAAUGUUAAAUAAAGGGAUUCCUUCAAUAAGUAUAAGUCGACGGCCACCGUUUCCAAUUGUACGAACGACAGGAAAAUCGGAACCAAUUGCCAAGAGUCAUCCAAAACUUAUGUCCUUAGAACUAUUUAAUCCUGCCGUUGAUGACAUGGACAGCGAUUCCAGUGGAGUGUCUUCUCCAGAUUCAGUUGAUAGCGUAAUCAGUGUAAUACCCGAAGAAUUGCGCAAAAUGGCGAUGGAAAAAGAUUUGUCUACUUCCGAAUUAGAAGUAAAGAAAGGUGAGCCAGCUUCCGAUAAAAUUACGGCCAACAUAAGUAGUUCACCAAAUCUUUUAGAUGCUGUAGCUGAAGUGGCACAAUCAUUGGAUGAAACAUGUGGAACGGUUAUUCAAUCAAGUCCUAGAACUAAACGGAAAAAUUUUGAAAAAGUAGAGAGUUCUGAUACAAUGGCCAUAGUUCAAGGAGCUUCAAGUAGUAGCAGCAGUAGUAAUUGGAGUUUAAAUAAACUUUCGCCAGGAGAUUUGAGGCUAUUAGAAGAUAAAUCUCGAUCACAGUCACAUACAAGUUCAAGUGGAAGUUCUUCUAGCUUAGAACGACUUUCGCCAGGUAGACGGUCAAAAGACCGAUCCCCAAAGCUAGGAAGUACAAGUAAUUCAACGUGGAGCUUAAACAGGCUAUCGCCAAACAGACCAGAAGGCCGUUCACUUGACGAGAAUUACACAAAGAAUCAUCGCAGUCCAACACGUUUACCUUACGAUUCAAUAUCAAUAUCCAGCACAGACUCAGAGAAGUCAAUUUCCAAAUCCGAUAGUUUCAACAGAAUUCAAGCUAACGAACCUUUAGUCACUUGUAAAUCUGACAUGAUAGCUAAGGAUGAAGAUUGGGUAGAUCAAGACCGGAGUCAACACUUAACUGAAUUUGCUGAAAAACUAAGUGAAAAACUUUUACAGGAAAUUGAUCAAUAUUCAAAACGCAUUAGCGAAGAAGACUUUGAUCUUCCGAGCAGUAGCAGUAGCGAAAAAAGUAUAUCCUUAAGACUGAAACGGGAAGAGGAAGACAGAAACACUCAAAAGAUAUUAGAUGAGCUGUCGGAUAGUCUACAGCAUCUUGAAGAUCCUUGCCUAACCAAGAGUGAAAAAGGGAAUGAAAGCCAUAGUAUAGGAAAAAUAUGUGAAAAAACUAAAUAUGUUACUUGUUUACAAGACACACAAGAAGUUGAUAUUAAUAAAUUAUUUCCUAAAUGUUCAACAAAAACUAAAAGCAAGAAGAGAUCCAAAGACGUAGACCCAAUCAUAAACAAAUACAGAGAACUCAAGAAAACUAUGAAAGUGACAAGUGAAGAGGAUAUAUUUUUAAAUAAUUGUGCCAAUAUUCAAUACAACGUAAAACCCAUAACAGACGAGAAACUCCCGGAUACGAUAGAAUUCAAAAAUCCUGACGAUGACAGUGCAAUCUCCUCCAGCAAUGGUAAUCCUGAGAUAACAAUUGACUCUGGGGCUUAUGAUACAAGUCAAUCACUGGAAACUGGAUAUUCACUGGAGUCAGAAAUCAGCGUGGACUCCCUCUGUACUAGUACUGAUAAAAGGUCUUCGUUGAAAGUGGGACAGUCAACAGACUCUAGCGACUUGGACAAAAUGGAAAUAAGUCCUGAAUCCAUAACUUCUCGUUCAAGCACAAGCACCGCGCCCUUAAAAUCUGGCUUCUCCAUCGAAUCAAGUGAUACUUCCGCUGGAUGUGACUGGAGUCGUAGAGACAAGACGGGAAGUACUGCUUCAUUGGGUUGUGCUAGUUUGGCUUCCCUGCCUUCCUGUAGUGAAUGCUCUAAGGAGAGAAAGUUUUUGGAAAUGCGGUCGUCAUCAGAAGACACCGCAACAAUGCCAGUGGUACCUCCACGUUUGCCGCAUGCCCCACUCUUGCCCUCACUGAGCGACGGCUCUGACAGCCUCCCGUCAGAAGGGGGAGCCGUAACCUAUCAUCGAUAUUAUCAUGUCUUUAAAAAAGGAGAGCUUGAUCAAUUAAUUGAAAAGUACGUAGAAAGUCUUCACGUAGUAUCUUCAUAUUAUGAUCAGGCGAGCUGGUGCGUUAUUGCUGAAAAAGUACAAGUGUGGACUAUUUAAGUGUAAUCGUUGUACAAAAUAUUAAUGGAUAUUAUAUCCAAUUGUGUAUAACUUAGUAAGUUCUCUCAAACUGUACAGUGAAGAAUAAAUCCAAGUGACCUUACGGACUCUAAUGAGCGUAUAAUUUUGGAUAAUCGGAGCUUUGAAGUGUACACUUACAAAUGCCAAAAGCGAGGCUUUUGAUUUAAAUAUAUAAUAGACAUUAAUCUAUAUAAAUAACUGUUAUUACUAAUGUAAUCGUAUUUACUCGCCCUCUUCAGAGGCUACCAAACUCUUAAGGGCCUUUAGGACUCGCAUAAAAUGAAAACUAAGAGCUUUAAAUAGUGAAAAAAAUAAUUAUAAUAUAUUAUAUACUUCAGAGGCUCAAAUAAUGUAAGCUGCUUAUAGCUUAUCUAUCGUUCUAUCGAUCAAGUUCACCUGCAGUGUAGUCGUUUAUAUCGUUCUUCAAGACGUUAUUGUUCGAUUGUGCUAAAUUAUUCUAUGACAAUAAAUCAAUUUAUUUAAAUAUAACAUAUCCAUACGAAUUACUAUCGAAACAUAGUUUUUUUUAGUUUUGAACAAUGGUAUAAAUAUUUGAAUCUAAAAAUCGUAUUUUCAGUAUUGUAAUCAGAGCUGGCCUCGCUGUUAAAUUUGUACUUAUUCUGCGUAAUGACUUACUUCCAAACCUAAUCAAUAUUAAAUUGUUACUUGUACGUUAAUUAAAAGUCAUAGUUAAGUCGUCAUGUAAACAUCAUUUGUUUCCACAACCGUUUUUGUUUUCACACUACAUAUGAUUGUCAAUAUACGAGAUAAAAGCUACGUUCGUCACAAGAUAUAUAUAACGAAGAAUAAAAAAGCACUCUAAUAACGAAAUAUUUUCGACUACUUUUGCAAAUACUUGAAAGUACAAAUACUCAUAAGUGUACUUGGGAUUGGAUUUGUGUAAACCGUUCAUUUUGAUAUACAUUUUUAUGUAGAUUCAUUUCAAGAGUAUUGAUAAGUACGAAUUGUAUAUUAUUUUUAAUAGAUUAUUUGUAUGCGAAUCUACUAGACAAAAUGUUCAUUGCUAUGCUCAUAAUAACACCGGGGCUGAAGGUCUAAAGAAGAGAUCCGAAGUUGUUUAAAAAUAACAAUAUUAAAGAAAAUUUUCAAUAUGCUUUUUCUAUUUUAAGUUGCAACAGUGAGAUACGCUGUCAAAACUUAGCACGAACAUCAACUUCCGGGAGCUCUGAAUACAUUUAGGCCCAGUAAUAGCCAAGAGUAAUGAAGAUCAGACGUAACUCUGAACAGUCUGUCUAGUAGAAAUGUUAUCUCAGCCAAACUGGCAUUGCUUAUGCGUUUAGUACAGCAUGUUAAUUAAUUUCAUUGUAAAUAUCGCUCUAAGGAAUGUAUUACAGUAAUUAUGUUAUCAGAAUCAGUGAGAUUAAACUUAAUUUAAUUAGACAAAUAAGGCUGUAUAUUUAAUAAUUACAUACUUGCAAAUACCAUUACAUCACAGGCAAUGAUGGACAUAUCGCGAUUUAGUUUGAUUAUUAGGAUAAAAAGGAAGCAAUGUGGCAUGAAUCUCACGUAAUCAUUGAAUGUACAGCUACUUAGAGAAAUACUUUUAGUAAAUAAGUAGUGAUAAGAAAGGAUGAAAGCACAAGAUAAUAAAGUCCAAAGAUUAUUUUAAAUUGUCACAGUUUUCUGAAUGCCACGACAUUUUUUAUACUGAUACGUUUGUCUUGUGAAUGGGUUUGGGAAGUCUAAGUCAUGUAGGUUACGUUUGAUUCUCGUAUAUAUUCACGAUAUUGGAAAUAUAAAAAUUCUUUAUACUAAUAUGGUAUUUUUUAUGUAAAGAAUGUUUGGGAUACAUUAAAGGAUCUGCCGUCUUAAGAAAAACUCCCGUGCUAAUAAGCCAGUUCCGACCCAUACACAUUGUCAAACAUCAUAUGUACUGAAGUUUAUCUACUGUAAUGUUAAAUUUUGCUAUAAGAAAAAUAAAAAUAGCUCUUUAUAUGAUAGUAAAGCCUUUAUUUGUUUUUUAUGACCGUCGAUUUAAAUAUGAAGCCGAUACACGAAAAUAUGCUGUAUUAUCAUGAAUAUUGGUAUAGAAGUAGAUGAGAAUACACUAACUGGCUCUUACUUUUACUAACGGAGAACAUAAAAAUAACUAGUAAAAUACGAGAAUCAAGUCGGAAGCCUGGUAUUAAAAACAUACCCAUCUUUUGUUAAUGGACACAGAUUGACAUACAUCUGCCGCUUGUGUAUUUUACAUUAUGUUGCGCUUGGGCAUUAGGUAUUAUUGUUUUAUUUUUAAAUUCAUAAGACUUAUAUUUUUUAUAAUAGCUUGAAUUGUACCUUGAUUACGUUUUUACUGUGUGACUUAAAGGAAGGUAUUAUUUUAAAUAUGCUAUCAGUCAAAUCAUUAAAAAUAAUUCAUAAUACGCAACUUUUCUGUCGUACGUUUGAACUUUGAUUCUAGGAUGACAUUCUUCCUUGAUAUACCGAAGUCAUAUGCUGCAUUAUGUUUAAACUAAGUUGUGUCUCUGAACACGACACUGACACUUAAAGACAUUUCAGGUAGUGGGAACAUAAAACGAAAUAGGAAACGAAGGUGCGUUUUUUGUGAUUGGUUAACAAUAUCUCAAUACGUGUUGUGAUUGGCAAGUUUGAUUAUUCACAAUGGAAAAGUUUCGUCUUUCGUCUCACGCUUUACUCGCACUUAGGCCAGCCUUUACCUUCCUUUAGGUAUUUAUAUUUAACGCAUAUCAAUGGCUAUCUCAUAUAAAUAUCACUAAUUAUUUUUGUAACAUUUCAUACAGGGUGAACUUUCAUAGCUAAUUGCACGUAGAUCAUAAUAAAAUAAUCCUUUUCUCCAUGUGACCAAACCGCUGUUCUUCUUAUCAACGUACGAUACUCUUUACCAUCUCGAAAACAUAAUCCAAAAAUUCAAUUUUUAAAGUGAUAAGGAUAAUAAAAUUAUAAGUAGCUGAUUGAGGCGUAUAUUUUACUAUACAUACAUUGAUUGGCGCUGGAAUGUUUCAAGCUACGCGUAUAUAAAUGAUAAUGAUUACUCAACCUAUUUUGUUUAAUUUGAAGCCUCGACAUGAAACUCAACUUUUUAUUAAAGGAUUAUAUUUAUAUAUAUUUUUGACAAUUAUUCUAAUAAUUGUCAUUAAUAUACUAGUUGGUUACAUACUUGUAAUAUGUUGGAUGAUAUAGCGUCUAAAUAUUUAACAUUUAAUUGUUGUUGUAAAAUGAGUUCGCUGUGUUUUUAUAUUUUAUGAUGUACGAUUAUAUUACAUUUGAUUGUACCAAUAAAGCUGACUUUAAUUAGUGCCAGCAACCAAUGUGGUUCAUAGUUUAAGCAUUCCAGCGUCGGCACUCUAUCACUUCCGUUGUAGUCAGAAUAACUAUUGGGAUUGAAAGAGUGCCGCAGUAAUUGACGGUACUUCAAUUAAGCAGAGUAUUUAAAUUCAAAGUCUUUACUAGACCAAUAUCAGCCUUACUUAAGAAUAGAUCUUAUUCCUAUUAGUAAUAACACGUUGAGACGGGGCAACAGUAUCAAUGUUAUUUUUUCUCUAAAUCCCGUAUAAAUACAGGUUUCGGAAUUCUGGUGUCAUCGAGGUUUUUUUUUAAUUGUUUUAAAAAAACUUUUUAUCAUCGUUUAAAAUUAUAUGAAAUAAGCGAUAUGUUACAUUGCAAUGAUACUUCGUAGAUUCUCUAUUGAAACUGGGACACCUAUUAUGCAUUAUACAGAAUAUGACGAAUGACCCUAGAAUGACGCUUCCUCGUUUAUGACCAAGCCUUACAGUCAGUCUAAGUUUUAUUUCUGAUUUUAAUGAAUUAAUGAUAAUGUGAUCUGGAUGGACUAGGACAAUUUGAAGUUCUCUUCUUGAUCAUUUCAUAUUGGCUUGUCUGUGAUAUGAAUAAUGUUAAUACUGGCACGAUUAUCUCAAAUAUUAUUUCAUCAAAUAUAGAUAAAAUACCGUAUAUUUAAGAAGAGCAUUAGGCAAUUUGUAAUAUAUUCAAUGAGUAUUGGCCCGAGUCUGCCACAACUACUUUCAAGAUAGUUCCUUUUGAUUUUAAAAGAGCGCACGUUGCGCAAAAUUUAGUUUUAAUUUUCAUAAAAUCCACAUGUAAUAUAAGACAAUGCUAGAAAAUGUUAUUAAUGUGUGCUUUUUUUGGUACCAUUAAUACCACAAAACAGAACCAAUAUUGGUUGGAAUGUCAAAGCUGAUGUUUCCAUUGGUCUUAUUAAUCUUAAAAUUACGCGCGGGUUUCAUAACAUCGUAAUAAUCGUCAGUGCUACGAGUCGUAGACAUUGCUACGAGCCGUAGGCAAUGCGACGAAACGUAGUUGUUGCUGAGUCGUAGACACAGCUACGUGCGUCAAAUGAUUUUAGAGCUGGGAGGUCUUUUAUAUUUCAGAACUAUCUCUUCUUAAGUAACGAAAUGCAUCAAUAGAUAGAUAAUUUAGUUAUAGCUCACAUCCUUUCAUAGAAUUACAUUAUUAUCGAAAAUAUUGUGAUAUUUUAAUUUAAAUCCAUGUAUAUGCACAGUUUGAAUUUUAAAUAAAAAUUUUCUCACAAUGUAAU